CUUCUCCCACCUGAUUCUAUUUGGCCCUGUCCUGUCCAAGCCGUGCUUGCUUGAUACUGUACCUACUACUACCUGCCGCCUGGCCACGAGAGCCUUAUACCCAACCCACCUAGUCCCGUCCCCAAUCAACACCAAAAUCCGCCCACCGGUUCCAUUGCAGGACAAUGAACGGACACGCUGCUUCAAAAGUGUCCCUUUCACACGAAGAGGGAAUGGGACUCCUGGACGAGAAGACGUUAUCCGACGUCGAAAGCGAGAGCGGUAGGGCCGACCUCGAAGUCCGUUUCGCGAUACCACGAUGGUCGACCGUCGCCCGGGGUGUAGUUGGCUACGCGCGGGCCGUACCAUGGAGGGUCACGGUGAUCCGCGGCCUCAUCUUCCUACUGCCUAGCUUCGUCCAGAGCCGAUUUACGAGAGAACGAGGCCGAACAGACAAGCUCUUCCCGACAUCACAUCUCGACGGCAUGCGAGGCUUGGCAGCGCUUUUCGUCUUCUUCUGUCACUACUUUUACCAAGCCUUCAUCAUUGCCGAAGGUUGGGGUUCAUCAGAAAAGAACUACCACAUUCUCAAGAUGCCCUUCUUUCGACUCUUCUACCAAGGCCCGCCAGCAGUCUGCCUGUUCUUUGUCAUUUCCGGUUACGCUCUCUCCAUGAAGCCGAUCAAGCUCGCCAGGGCCGGGAACAUGGAGGAAUUCUCCGUGACGACGACAUCUUUGAUUUUCCGUCGAUUCAUCAGAUUGUAUAUGCCGACUGCCAUAUCGACCUUUUGCAUCAUGCUUUUGCUCCAAUUCGGAGUCUACGAAUGGACCAGAGAUUUUGCCAUUGAUCGGGCUUUUCACAAGAACGUCAUGGAGCCUCACCCUAAGCCGUUGGACACCUUUUCGGAGCAGUUUUACGACUGGGUCUGGAGCAUGUUCAGCUUUGUUCACGUGUUCGGCUGGGAGCGUUUCGGUGGAAGCAUAUCGUAUGAUGUACACUUGUGGACUAUCCCGGUGGAAUUCCGCUGUUCCAUGUACCUGUUCAUCACCCUCAUCGGCUUGGCUCGCGUACGGUCCGCACUCCGUCUCCUCUUCCUCUCGGGAAUCAUCGCCUUCACCUACCGCAACAACCGCUGGGAGCUGCUGCUGUUCUACUUUGGCAUGAUGCUUGCGGAGUACGAUCAGAUCAUGGGCAACAACACGCCUGUGCAGCAGCCCUCGGUCCUUCCCGCGAAUGGCGCGGCUCCACCCCAGGGAAGCCGUCUCAAGGGCUUCCUCUGGGCAAUGCUCAGCAUUCUCGCCAUUUACUUGAUGUGCCAGCCGGACAUCAACUACGAAAUCACUCCUGGUUGGGUCUGGCUCUGCUCAUUCAUUCCCAAGUGGUGGGAGGAGGAAGGAUACCGAUUCUGGCAAUCUAUCGGAGCUGUCAUUUUCGUUCUCUGCGUCGGCCACUCGCCUAGAUGGAAGAGCUUCUUCAACCUUGCUCCCAUCCAGUAUCUCGGCAAGAUCAGCUACGCCCUCUACCUCAUGCACGGACCAGUCAUGCACACCGUUGGUUACAUGAUUGAGAGACGUGCGUACGCCAUCACCGGUCUCGAGGGCUGGUGGUACAAUGCCGGAUUCGUUCUGGGAUCUUUCGGCUGUAUUCCUGCGGUUAUUUGGGCCGCCGAUGUUUUUUGGCGCUUGUUUGAUAUCCCGACGGUGCGAUUUGCAAAGUGGGUUGAGACAAAGUGUCUCGUCAAACAGGCAUAGAGCAGAUUGGGGUCAAGUGCUUGCGCGUCACGGCCGAUAUUGCGUCUCGACAAAACGGUCACACACGAUGAGCUGGGUCUCGAAAGUCGUUAUGGAAAUCGACUAAUAAUAGCAUGACACGGCGUUUUAUAUCACACGGCAUUAUUACUUUAUACCUGGCGUCGGGUUUUUAUUAUUAUGGGGAUGGGGUUUUAUCAAACUGUUGGGGUAAUUAUAGAUGGCAUCUUGACAGAAUGCACCUCUCAGGACCACAUGAUGGACUGAACAAAGUA